AUGGCAAGAGAAGCUGAAAUGAAGGAGAUAGUAGCACGUUUUGGAUAUAUUGACUACCAACUAUGUCUGCGUCUGUGGUGUUAUGUAUAUCUGCUUAAAUCACCAACAAAACAAACACCUGCCUCUGUGGAUUCAGCUUUGAGUACCGGAGACAUGUCGGAAAGUGAACCAGAAGAGCUUAGCUAUGUCGAUCUCAAGAACCGGAUGUGGAAGGACCAGGUGCGCAUGAAGAAGCUCAAAUCACAGAAGCACGCCUCAGAGGCCGAGGCAGAAACAGCGGCAGUUGCAGCAAUAGAUGAUGAUGAAAUUGGGGAGAGUGAAAUUAUUAACGAAUCAACCACAGCUGCAGCCAGAGAAGAAAAGUCGAGGCGUAAGAAGAUGCUGAGAUCUCAAGACGCCAUCUUAAAGUACAUGGUUAAACUGAUGGAAGUCUGCAAAGCACAAGGCUUUGUCUAUGGUAUCAUCCCAGAGAAAGGGAAGCCUGUGACCGGGUCAUCUGACAGCCUCCGGGAGUGGUGGAGAGAGAGUGUCAAAUUCGACCAAUGCGCACCCCAAGCUUUGCAGCACUUGAUUCCUGCUAUUGCAGAAUGUGCAGCAGGUGCGCUUCAUGAUGAGAAAUCCACAUCCUUGUUGCAUAUGUUGCAGGACCUUCAAGACACCACGCUAGGAUCCCUCUUAUCUGCACUUAUGCAGCACUGUGUCCCUGCUCAAAGGAGGUUUCCACUUGAAAGGGGUUUAGCCCCUCCUUGGUGGCCUACAGGAGACGAGGUUUGGUGGGGAGAGCAGGGCCCGCUCUCCGUGGAGCAAGGCCCUCCUCCUUAUAGGAAGCCCCAUGACCUUAAGAAGGCUUGGAAGGUUAGUGUUUUAUCUGCAGUGAUCAAGCACAUGUCCACUGACUUGAACCGUAUGACGCGGCUGGUCAAGAAGUCUAAGUGCCUUCAGGCUAAGAUGACUGCCAAGGAUACUGCUACCUGGUCUAAGGUUGUGGAUCAAGAAGAGGAUCUCCUACAGCUCACCAACCAAUGUCUCCACAUAACGAAUAAAGAAGUUGAUUGUGAUGGUGACGAAGAUGGAGAUGGUCAUGUGAGUUUGGCGCGCAGUAACGAGCUUCAGCACAACAAGAGGAAGGCUGCAGGUGCUUUCAAUCAUCAAGAUACAGAAAUGGUUUACAAUUGUGAUGACUUACAAAGUGAGGAAGCAGAAUUGGGGUUUAUGGAAAAAUACAGUAGAAGAGACCAAUGUGAUUUUUUACCAAGUAUAAGUCCAGGAUUUGAAUCUGCUUAUGCGAAUCUAGUUGCAGAUUACGACAGUUGCCAUAAUUUGCAACACAAGACAGCCUCCUUACCAUUAGAUUUUCAAAUGUCUGACUCGAGUGGCGAUUCAACAUUUCCUCUUUCUCCUUGGACUUGGGACGGCCAUGUUCGAGCAUGUGAGGAAUCAGAAGUCAUGAGUAAUGGUGAUAUCACAUUGGCAGCAGGCGAAGAUCACGAGACGACUUACAUGCAGUGUCACCCACAAGAUCAAACACGAUACUGGGAAAUUGGUGAUGCUCCACAUCUGGAUUUGGAUGCUGCCUUUCAACUUCACAGAAAAAACUUGGCCCUCCUUGAGAAUGCUCAAGAAACUUCUAUCUGGGAUCUACCAUAUCAAGAACCUGAUGAUGACACAGACUGAAGACCUUGUUCCUUUUUGUUGUAUGCAAAUCCUCUUUACUAUUUGGGAUUGGUAAUGUGGCUAUAUAUCACACUGCUUUGUUCUUGAUUCAAACUAGUAAUGCUAUUUAUUAUUAUAUUGUAGCCUUUUUUUCCCAUGUACUUGUGAGUG